AUCCUUACACGUAGUGCUUUUAAAUUAAUUGCGAUCAAGUAGCUUUACUGAGGUUGAAUGUGUUCAUAGAUUUUUGACAUUACUCGAACAUAAAUCACGUGAUUGUCAAUCACUCAGAGGAAAUGAAAAGCCGUACGUGAGAUUCUCCAGUGCCGGGCGACUACUAAUUAUCUCUACUGCCCUUACUGAGGACCGCUUCUAUUGAUUUCGGUACACCGCGACAGCCACUCCGGCAGAAAAAAGGUCAUACCAACAGUAACAGGCACCACAUCCAAACAUGUUUUGGAUUCUAGCAGUGUUACUGAGUCUUGCAGCAGCCGACACGCCCAACAAAGAUGGGAAAUGCAAACAGAAGCUUGCCAAUCAAUAUGAUUAUAUCAUAGUUGGCGCUGGAACUGCCGGAUGUGUGUUGGCUAAUCGUCUGUCAGAACAUCCGUUCCACAAUGUAUUGCUGAUAGAAGCCGGCGGAUCUGACAGGGACCGGCCGGAAACAACUCUCAUAGAUACACCUGCCUUAGUGGCGGACCUAUGGAAUUCCGAUGUGUCAUGGCGGUACAGCAGCGAACCCCAGUCCAGUGCUGGGUUCGGCCUUAAUGGAAAUAGGCUGAAUCUCCCUCGUGGAAAGGUGAUAGGCGGAACAAUGGCGAUCAACACAAUGGUUUACCAGCGAGGUAGCCCUGAAAUCUACAACCAAUGGGCGAAAAAAGGCGCACAUGGCUGGAGCUAUAAUGAGGUUGAACAGUACUUUGAGAGGAUGGAAGAUGUACGACUAAACGAACCCUACAACAAAGCAAAACGGGGAACCUGUGGUCCUAUGCGAGUUUCACAGAAUAAAAUAACAAUCUUCCGAGACCUCUUUGGAAAUGCAUCGCUAGCCCUCGGAUACAAACGAAUGUCCUGUAACGAAGGAGUUGACGAGGGUUUCUGUGCCCUACAAAUAAAUACAAAAUCUGGAGAGAGAUGGAACACAGCCAAGGCGUACUUGGCUCCAGUCAUGGGACGAAAAAACCUACAUGUCCUUACCGACACUACAGUGGCCAAGGUACUGCUCUAUCAGGGUACAGCUGUUGGGGUGGAGUUUCGGUCCUCAGAGGGCAAGACAAAACGUGUAUUUACAAGGAAGGAAGUUAUCAUAAGCGCUGGCGUUUUUAACACUCCGAAGUUGCUUUUGCUGUCGGGCAUUGGCCCCCGGGAACACUUAAAACAGCUAGAGAUUCCAGUGAUGUCAAAUGUUCCUGUGGGAUUGGAUUUGAAGGAACUACCAGUGGUACCAUUACGAAUAUUUUUGAAUAUCCCAUCAUUCACUCCAGAAUUGCUUGUUCGACCAGAACACACACUGGCCUACAUAACGAACAGAACAGGUUUGCUGUCUGAAGUAUCCCCGAAAGAAGGGUUGCUGUUCGCCAAGACGUCACUUGACACCCCAGACUGGCCGGACAUCAAUCUUUAUUUCAUCAGCACACUGUUUGACCGUCUUCCUGAGAUUCUUCGAAGCUGGAACAUCAAAGAAAAUUUAAUCAAUACGUGGUUUCGUGAAGGUUUGGGACGUGAAGGUAUUCAGAUUAUGGCUCAACUGAUACACCCACUCAGUCGAGGUAGAGUUACACUGAAGAGCGAUGAUCCUAUGGACCCGCCCCUUAUAGAUCCAGGAUUUCUGACAGACAUUAGGGAUGUUAGGGAAUUAAUAAAAGCUGUACGGUUAAUCAACGAACUUGUAAACACGGAGUAUUUAAAAAAGGCUGGAGCGACAAUGGAUGCCCCUUUCCCCGAAUGUAACCAAUUUACUUUCAACACUACGGACUACUGGGAGUGUUACAUACGAUACUUUGCUAUCGCUAACUUCCACGGGACUGGUACUGUUAAAAUGGGGAGUGUCAAAGACAAUGCAGCUGUUCUUGACCCAGAACUCAGAGUCAAGGGUAUCCAUGGUCUUAGAGUGGUAGGCUCGAGCGCAAUGCCUGAACCUACGGAAGACCAAACCGCUGCGGUUAUCAUGAUGGCAGAGAGGGCGUCUGAUUUAAUUAAAUUGGCAGCAGGAGUUCCGGUAGGAGACGUUCCAAUGAUUCCCCGUCGAAUGCCCCGCAAUAAUCCAAGACUACCUCGCCCGUCUGGUCCUCCAAGAAACCAGCAUCGUCCUCACAAUUUGCCAAUGAAAAACGCACCGGUAGUGAUCCAGGAAGAUGGACACCUCUCCACUCCAUUAUCACAACACGUUGAACCUCAGAAUACUCCGCCAAGUCCGUCAGGAGCACUUAUUAGUUCUUCAAACCAACAGUCACCAAUCGAUCAUACCUCACUUCAUAAACCAUUGGGACCUCUAACACUUUAAUGUGUUUACAUCGUAUUCAAUUAAAAUUCGAGCGACUCUUCUUUGAAAAGCAUAUAACAUGACGUGUUACUUAAAUAAACAUAUUUAUUAUUCUUAUAAUUUUUUUCCUCCUUUUUUUAA